GCCACUAUCACAAUUCAGGACUGCGUUUUCCGAACCCGUGGCCGGAGCGAUUGGGUGGCUACGAUUGAUCUCGAUGAGCGAAUCAGUGUCAAUGGAGGAACGACAAUCAGAGAAUAUAUCAAGCAAGUGGAAGGAAUGGGAGUGCACCAAGUUCUCCGUUUUUCACCAGGUGCCACAGUACUGCUUGUUCCGCCAGAAGAUGCAGUUGUGAGGCAUUACCGACUCACAAAAGGGUGGACGUAUUUUCUGAAGGAAGCGGAGACGUUUGGGUCUUUUGAAGAAACCUACCUCGCCUCUUCGUUAAUAGAAGCAAUUCAGCUGAAAGCCAAUCAUAAAGUCGACCAGUUAUUUCCUAGUGCUCAAACAAAAGUGUAUACGGGUGAUAAUAAAGUGUACUAG